AUCCGGCCCUACGCUCGAACUGUCAGUGAGUUGUGGCCUUCUGUCUAGCACAAAACGUUUUCUCUCGUUUUUAUGCUGAUUUUCUGAGAAAAUUUAAGAAAAACUCUUGGAAAUAUGAGUGGAUACGAUGAGGCAUCGGGUGCUGAAGAUUUGAGUGAAGAUGGUCAAGUGAGAUCACCAGAUAUUCACGAGGAGAGUUUUGGCGAGGCUGAGGGUACUGAAGACUCCUUAGACAUUAAACCACCCCAAGCCAUGAGAAUGCCUGAGAGGAGCAGGGAUAGACGUGGUGGAUACAAGGAGAAACGUCAUUCGAGAGAUCAUCGUCAUCGAUCCGGACACUCGGAGCGUCCGGAGAGGCAUGAGAGGCGUCAUGGAGGCCAUCACAGGGGUGAUUAUCAUCAUCAAGGCCCCCGUAGGCAUUCAAAUGAUGACAGAGGUAAGCAUUACAGUAGCAGAUCGAGGGAGAUGUAUAGAAAGCCUGAGCAUGAAAGAUAUCGAAAUAGUCCGACGGAGAAAUCCGAGGCAGAUCGAAUGCUAGAAGAUUUGAGGAGUCAUUUGUUGAGUAAGAGACAUAAGAUGGAGGCAGAAAUGAAUGCCCAGAAGCAUCAGGGUGAGGGGUAUGAGAGGAGACCUUCAAAGUAUCAGCAUUCGGAGAAGAAGGCUUCUUCGCAUGAUCGCAGGAGGGAUUAUCGAGAGCACAAGCGAAAUGUAGAGGAUAUUGAUAGCCCUGAGAACUAUGGGGAACAUCCGGGUGGAUCAGGGAGAACACGAGAAGGACGCUAUGAAGAUCCUGAACAGGCUGCUAGAAGAGCAAAACUCCUGGAGAUUGAUCGGGAAACGAGUAGGCGCAAGGAGCAGGCCAGGGAAGAGCUCAAGGCACGCAGGGAGAUGCGCAGAGAAGAGCGUCGAGAUGGUCAGGAGCCAGUGAAGCGUCAUAGGCACGAUGAUUCCGGGACAACGAGCCACAAGAAGCGAAAACACGCCUCAGCUGAGGAACAAGUGAUUACAGUUUCUGACAAAUCCGACGAUACAGCUUCAGAUUCAGACUCCAGUGAAUCGUACGAGGAAGAUUCUCAGAAUUCUGAAGAAGAGGAAGAAGAUGAGGAUAUUCCCAAUAGUCCACUGUCCGUGGGAGAUCUCUCAAAAUCCGAACAUAGACACAGAAAUUCCUCAAGGAAUAGCUCAAAGUCCAAAACCCAUUCGCCAGCAUCGGGCUCUGGAUCACCCUCCAAUAGUGGCAGUGGAUCUGGUAGUUCAGAUUCCAAGUCUCCAGGUUCCAGGGAUUCCUCCAAGAGUCCCACGAAACGCAACAAGGAAGACAGUGAUGCCAUUCAGCGUUCAAAUAUCUUCGAGGAGGAUGACGAAAAGGCCGAAAAGGCCACGGAGGAACCACCAGAAGCCAAAGCUUCCGAAAGCAGUGAUGAGAAGGAAAAAGUCCCCCUGGCAGAUGAUCUGCCAUCGUACUAUCCUGCCCUUCAGGGUUGUCGUUCCGUGGAGGAAUUUCAGUGUCUCAAUAGAAUUGAAGAAGGAACUUAUGGGGUUGUCUAUCGGGCAAAGGAUAAGCGCACGGAGGAAAUUGUGGCACUGAAGCGUCUCAAGAUGGAGAAGGAGAAAGAGGGCUUCCCAAUAACAUCCCUCAGGGAGAUCAAUACACUGCUCAAGGGACAGCAUCCGAAUAUUGUGACAGUGAGGGAGAUUGUUGUGGGCAGCAAUAUGGAUAAGAUUUUCAUCGUGAUGGACUACGUGGAGCAUGAUCUGAAGAGUCUGAUGGAGACGAUGAAGCAUAAGAAACAGGCUUUCCUCCCGGGCGAAGUGAAGUGCCUCACGCAGCAACUUCUCCGGGCUGUGGCUCAUCUCCAUGACAUCUGGAUUCUCCACAGAGAUCUCAAAACAUCCAAUUUGCUGCUAUCUCACAAAGGGAUACUCAAGGUUGGAGAUUUUGGUUUAGCGCGUGAAUAUGGCUCUCCAUUGAAGCCCUACACUUCCGUGGUGGUUACACUGUGGUAUCGUGCUCCUGAAUUGCUCCUGGGAUGCAAGGAGUACUCCACGCCGAUUGACGUUUGGUCUGUUGGAUGUAUCUUUGCGGAAUUCCUUGCGAUGACGGCGUUAUUCCCAGGAAAGUCUGAGAUUGAUCAGCUCAAUAGGAUUUUUAAGGAUCUGGGUACGCCCAAUGAGAAAAUUUGGCCAGGAUAUGGAGAAUUGCCGGCUGUUCAGAAGAUGACUUUUACCGAAUACCCAGUGUCUAAUUUGAGGAAGAAAUUUGCCCAUCUUACGAGUGAACUUGGGUUGUCUCUGCUCCAAGGAUUGCUUACUUAUGAUCCGAAGCAGAGGCUGACAGCUGAACAGGCUCUCAAGAGUCACUACUUUAAGGAGCUUCCACUGUCUAUUGAUCCGGCCAUGUUCCCGACGUGGCCAGCAAAGAGUGAACUGGGAGUGAGGAAGGCAUUGGCUUCCAGCCCGAAGCCACCUUCAGGAGGUGGACAAUUCAAGCAGUUGGGAGGGGAUGACGGUGCAGACAACCCAUCGGGAUUUCAUCUCGGAGGGAGCCUCCUGGAGUCUCGUCAGCUGGCAAUGGGUCCAGGAUUUAGCCUCAAAUUUUAAUAAAAGCCAUUCCUGGUAAAAUCUUGGAAAUCUUAAAACAGGAAAUCAAUAAAAAAAACUACCCAAGA